AUGCUUCCUCAUCCUGAGAUUAUAGAGCAGAAGCUUGCCACACAACAUGCAGAGAUGCAAAAACUUGCAAAAGAAAACCAUAGGCUUGCUGCCACCCCUGCACCGAGUUUCGCCGCCGCUCCAUCGCCGUAUUCCGCAGCGGAGCCACCGACCCCAGUUCCCGCUCCUCUCGUUGCGACUCCAUCGCCAUCGCCUUCCUCCGCCGCAGAAGCUGAGUCGUCCCCUGUUUCCGUCGCUUAUCCGGUGUCCAGUGCCGCCGCCGCCGCCGCUCCCUCGCCUUCAAUCGCCAUGCCUCCGCCGUCUCCGUCGUCCACUACCGCCACUGCUAUCCUUAACUUCGUAUGGGGAUUGAGCAAGAAUGUGACUUUGAAGCAUUUUCCAGAAUCGCCACAUUCAAACCUCCACGCCAAUGGACACGCGCCGCCUCUCGCCGCCGGAAAUCCCCCGGAUCCUGUCCGUGUUUUUGGUGAGUGGAGAUUGAGUAGCUGA